AAUCGUUUUUAGCUGGUGGCUAAAUCCACAUAACUCGUGUGCGUGAUAAUUGGCGUGAGUGAAUGUAUGUACAUGAGUGUCAAGCAACCAAUUCCUAACGCAAUUCCUAACGAUGCCUAAAGUUGUGAAAAAGAGCGGACCGGCCAGAGAUAAGACAAAAGAACGUCCUGUUCACCCAUAUAGUAGGAAGGCACUCCAGUUGAGCAAGCAAAGAACUCACGAAAAGAAGGUCGAGACGUCUAAGACUGCUCAAUUUGUAAAGUCGGAAAUACUAGCUGAAAAAUUGAGAUGGUUUCAGGUCAUUUAAUUUAAAUAAUUUAUAAAAAUAAUACAGAAUAGAGUCUGAGAUAAUCGAGUCCAUCUAUAGUCCAAAUAUAGUGUAGUAUAAGCUAUUCUCUAUACUUAGACUAUACUAUAUAUAUAUAUAUAUAUAUAUAAUAUAAAUAUAUGAUACAAUUAUUUGAAUUUUAUUUAUAGCUUAUACCUAUGCCUUUAAUUUAUAAUGCCUAUAUGACUAUAUGCUAUAAACUAGACUUAGACAUUGACACAUGUAGUUGUAGACAUAGCAGAUUAUAUAUACUAUAACAACUAGCACUUAGUAAAGUUAGACUUAGCAGGCGUAGUAUGCUAUAUAAAUUUAUCUUAUACUUCAUAUUCAUGUAAAUGUAAAAAAAAUAUAGGAUAGGCAUAGUGCCGCAUACGCCUAAUAAUUCAAUUUAAAAUCUGGGUGAUCAGAUUUGAAAAAAUUAAUUUACAAAUAUUUUAAAACUCCACAAUUUAUAGGAAACAUUUUUUUAAAAUAAUUUCAAAGAACCAUUCAUACAAAAAUAAAGAAUACAACAGUAUUGCCAUGUUCUGUUCUAUUUUUCAUUUCUUUUACUUUAAAAAAAUAAUAAUACAUUUUUGAUAUUUCAUUUUCAGGAUCGUCUUGAUGACAGACAUGUCUAUACAAAGCAAGAUAUGAUUGACCUGGUGACUGAGUACCGCGAUAGAUUUAAAGAAGAAUUGGAACAGAUUUGCAUUGUACAGAAUGUUGGGAAAAGACAACAGUCUAAACAGCAUGUUUCCCGUGAAGCAUCCAUUAAAAUGACCAUUGAAGAAGAAACAAAUCAGUUUGAAUCUUCAGGAAUAGAAGUACCAGAACUUAUAAACAAAAAACAUUUAGAAGAAUUUAAAAAGUGGAAUGGAGAAAUUAAAUUUAUCCAGAAUUUAAAACUGAGGAAAAUUUCAAGCAGUGAUGUAAGAAGACAAGUUGAUAAACUUUCUAAAGAGCAAGAUGAAGAGGAUGAAGUUGAAGAGGAUGCAGAAGCAACUUAAAUUUGAAAAAUUGUAAAUAAAAUUUCCAUACACAUUAGAUGGUAAUGGUAUUCCAAUAUUGUUUCUUCAGUGAUGAAAACUGCAGUAUACUUGCAAUUAGUUCUAUUUCUAUAUAAUUUAAUAUAAUAUAUUGCCAAUAAUAAAAAUUCAUACAAUUUGUUUUAAAUAUGAGUGCCGGUACCAUAUAUAUCAAGUGAAAUAAUCUAUUACCGGGUAAUAUUAUAAUAAUUCACGAGUUGAUCUGGUCUAUCCCUCAGGGAUGUAAAUAAUGAUAAUCAGGUGAAAUGUCAGUGACAUGUUU